CUUCCGCGUGUUUGUUCUCAGUUUCCCCGAGUACCAGAGAAGGAUAAGCAAUGGCAGGGCCCUCCAGCAGCUUGAGGGAAGGGGGUGCAGUGUAUCCUGACCUGGACGAGGCCCAGCCAUCUCAGCCAUCGAGAGUACCGGCCAGAGGAGGACCCCUGAGCCGCCAGACGUCCACCAAGAGCCACUACUCCAUCUUCUAUGGGUCCGUGCCCAUCCCUGAGGAGGAAGAGGAGGGCGAACGGGGCGGCGAAGGGCUGAAUGGGUCGGACGCGUCGCCAUCGCAGCGGGAGAUAUCCAAGAAGCUGGUGGUGCAGAUGCGGCUGUCGCAGACGUACCUGGUGUUCUGCCUCGCCAUGGCCACGCUGGGUCUCUUCCUGCUGGCGUACUGCCUCUACAAGGUCAGUGUGGGCUGUCUUGGUUGUGGGGGUGCAUGGGCUCAGACAUUUGCAAUGGAGAGAGGCCGUUUUCCGACUGUUUAUGCAUCUGUUUGUGUGUGUGUGCACAUGCAGGGUGGCGUGCCAGCGAUGCACUGGUGGUUCUUUAUCGGAGAGCUCGUUCUGACGAUCUUCCUCACGGCUGAGACCGUCAUCGACAUGUACCUACUCAGACGGGUGAGCGCCAGGCCUGCAGGGAUGACGCCAGUCAAGGCAACAUGCAUGUGGCUUUCAUUUCAGGACUUCUGGUUGUAUUCGUGGAACAUCUUUCAGCUAGUUGUCACGGUUCUCUGCGUCGCAUUCGUCGUCUUUGACAUUCUGCAAUGGGUGGGUGGUGGGUGGGUGGGUGGGUGGGCUGGCUGCCUGAGCCAGCCGCUAACCGAGGGGGCUUCUCUCUUUCUCUAUUCUGCUCAUUGUGGCAGAUGGCCCUGUUCGAGCAGCUGGAAGGCUACCUCUCACUGAUCCUACUUAUCAUCAGAUACGUCUUCCAAGUGGCCCGGUAUGAUGAGUCCUCCGCCCACACAUACAUUGAAAGAAUGAAAAAACCAGCCACCCUUCUGCGUUUUGCAGGACAGUGGAGCUCUUCCGCAAGUCGGCAGCAAGCCACGCGAGCCAGCAGGCGGUUGCCGAGGAAACCGUGGCAUUCCCACCCAUUCGCGAGGUAUCUGAGGGCAGGAGGCCCAGCGUUGUUCGGAAACUCUCAACGACCAGCUUCGCUGGCUAUGAGGUGCGGAAUACAUGAGAGGGCCGGAAAAACGCAUCUGUUGACAGAGUGGCUGUGUGUGUGUGGGUGUCAGGUUGAUAUGGAGGAGGCUUUUGGGCAGCCUGGCGGCCCUGGCCCAUUUAGCCGGCGGGAGACCAUGGAAGCGCGGACCAAGAGGGGGAUGUAGCUAGAGGCGUACGUGCAUGGCUGUAUGUCUUUAUGCAUUCAUUCGUUCAUGGACAUGUGAUUUGUGGUGUGUCGGUCGUCCAUGUGCCGUGUGUGGUACUUGUUCACGUGGCCGACUUAUUGCAUGACGGUCUGUGUGUGUACCAUGUGUGUGGGUGCUGGCAUCCGAUGAAG